AAAGGACACUAUGAUCGACGAGAGGGCAAUAAUAAAAAUGACUUGCUGGACAUCGAUUUGAGUAAUGCGUAUACCGAGCCCGGUUCCAAAAGUUUAGAGCCGAUAGUAUACAAGAAACUCAUCAAAGAGGAUCAAAAUGUGCGCCUCUCGAAAUUCAUAAGUUACAUACUCAGACAUGGUGCAAGGAAGGAAGGGAUAACUAUACGAUCUGAUGGGUAUGCACGAUUAGAUGAAUUGAUGAAAUUAAGCCAAUUUGAGUCAAUCUCGUUGGGAAAGAUUAAAAAUAUUAUAAAAAACGACGCCAAGCAGAGGUUUAACCUUAUCAAGGAGGUUGAUCAUAAUACAGGAACGGCUAUGUGGUGGGUACGAGCAAACCAAGGACAUUCUUUCGAGGUUAAAGACCUAAAACUUGAAAAUAUUACAGAUCCGGCGCAGAUUUCAAACAUAUUUCAUGAAACUCACUCGAGGAAUUGGCAGAGCAUAAAAUCAAAGGGCCUUUUACGAAUGUAUCGUAACCAUAUCCACUUUUGUGGAGCUGGAAAUGCCGUAAGCGAUCUCUUUCCUAACAGUAUAUACUAUCAAACAGACGGGAUAGAAUUCUACAAGGCAGCCAAUAAUGUAAUCCUCACAACUGGCAGAGGCGGCGUUCUGCAUCCAAGGUUUUUCCUAAAAGUUGUCGAUAAAACAGGCAAAGUCCUAUACUCGGCCGAGCCACAAGGCGACUAA